AUGUCUGCUGCUCUGUCGUCUACUUCGUCGUCUGUAGUGCCUGUGGACGCGGUUCGAGCGGUAGAAGACGCCUUUUUACGUCGAGAAUGGACAGCAGCACUCAACGAUAGCCGCCGUCUCCUUAUUGCGCGCAUGGCGCAGCUCCGACAAGAGUCAAAUGAUGUGGCGGUGAUGACAGUGAACGAGGAACGAGUGCUGUGCGUCUAUCUCCAGGUGGUGUUUGAACUGGCGCUGGACGACGAAGUGGAGACAGCGACAAGUGUCGUGCAGCACUUUGCACCACUGACAAGCACAGUUUCGAUUCAAUGGAUACACUUUCUGCUAGCGAUGAACCGUGGAUUGAUGGCCAAGCAGGCGCUUCGAGACUUACUCACGUCGUUAGCGAUGGACAAACGAAUGGGCCUAUGCACCAACGAGUACAACAAAGCUGCGGAGAUAAUGGUCUUGCAAUUGUUACUACCUGACGAAGGCAUUGACGCUGCACGGCAGUUCGUGAUGGAAGACACAGAGCUGGAUGAUGGAACGAAGGCGCAACUGCUUUGCCGGAUUCAACCGGCAUCCUUGGCGGCUCAACAGGCCAACAAAAACGAGUCUGUGCAGACUUCAUCAGCGGAACCGACAGGGAGAGAUGCAAAUGCUGAACCGCAUGCGACUCGUGCUGCCCAUCAGUUGUUGUCGACUGCGUUUACGGGGAAGCAACAGACUCCAUCCACGAAGAACGACGACACCAGUCGCUACGUGAUGGUGGGUGGCACUGCUAUCGUACUAGCUGUCGCGGUGAUCGGUACAUUGCGGUACCGCGAGAGAAUUCACGCGUGUGUUUCCAACGCUGUUCCUGCCAUCCACAAAGGCGUCGCAGAUGCAAAGUAUGCGCUGUUUGAUGCGUAA